AUGCGGCCGCUGCUGCUGCUGCUGUUUCUCUGCUGUGGCUGCGAGUCCAGGCUGCAGGAAGGGGACGCGCUGAUCGGCGGCUCCUGGAAUUCCAGCCGCCCUGGGUUGGCCAGAGACCGGGGAGACGGUGCAGCGGGCAGCGGGGAGGAGGCAGCUCGAGCGGGGAGAGACUCCCAGGACACGAGCAGCCCGGAGCCGGAGGAGGAGGAGGAGGAGACGGGGAGCGGCCUGGGAGGCAGUACCUGUGCCUAUAAGGUGCUGCUGAACGGGAGAGGAGGAGGAAGCGGGCGGAUCUGUUUCAGGACCACGGACAGCGGUUUCAGCUGCGGCCCGGGCAGCUGCACUGCUUAUCGCUCCGGCCACUCGCUGGUGGCCAACGUGCUGGCCAACAGCAGCGUGUUCCUGCAGUGGAGGCCCAGGACUCUGCAGCACCUCCAGGGCUUCCAGCUCAACUGCACCUGGAGCGGCCUCUACACCCAGUUCCAGUGCGACAGUGUCCAGCUCGGGGUGGCCUGCCGGGACUACCUGGUCAGCAGCGUCCACGACAGCGUGGACUACCGCAUCUGCCUGCACACCCUGUACGGCAACCGCAGCCACCGGGACGAGGACUGCCUGCAGUUCCGAGCCGAGCCGAGCGGCAUGCAGGACAUUGUCAUCGCCAUGACCGCCGUGGGGGGCUCCAUCUGUGUGAUGUUGGUGAUCAUCUGCCUGCUGGUGGCCUACAUUACCGAGAACAUCAUGCACCCUGCCUUCCCCAGGUCCUCCUCUAAGCGGGGACACGAGGACCACAGAGUGACCACAUAA